CAGGUGUCCCAGCCAUGGAGGACUGCAACGUGCACUCGGCCGCCAGCAUCCUGGCCUCUGUGAAGGAGCAGGAGGCCCGCUUCGAGCGUCUGACACGGGCACUGGAACAGGAACGGCGCAAUGUGGCUCUCCAGCUGGAGCGCGCCCAGCAGCCCGGCAUGGGCAGUGGUGGCCUGGGCAGUGGGCAGCCCCUGCCAAUGGCCUGGCAGCAGCUAGUCCUGCAGGAGCAGAGCCCAGGCAGUGAGGCCUCGCUGGCCACGAUGCCAGAGGCUCCCGAGGUGCUGGAGGAGACGGUGACAGUAGAGGAGGACCCCGGCACCCCCACGUCUCAUGUGUCCAUCGUCACUUCAGAAGAUGGUACUACCCGGCGUACUGAGACGAAGGUCACUAAGACCGUGAAGACGGUGACCACGCGAACAGUACGCCAGCUGCCCGUGGGCCCAGAUGGCCUCCCCCUGCUGGACAGCGGACCCCCACUCGGCCCUUUCCCUGAUGGCCCCCUGGACCGACACUUCCUGCUGCGUGGGGGUGUCCCAGCAGCCACGCUCUCCCGCGCCUACAUCAGCAGUGGGGGCGGCUUCCCUGAUGGGCCCGAGCCCCGUGAAGUGCCCAGCUACGGCAGCCUGUCCCGGGGCCUGGGCACUCGGCCCCAGCGUGGUGGUCCCCUAGGCCCAGGCCCCGGUGAUGGCUGCUUCACGCUACCCGGCCGCCGUGAGCCCUUCCCUUCGGGUCCUGAGCCCGUGACUCCGGCCGGCCGCUCCCAGCCCGAGCGCUUCCAGGCGGAGCCCUACGGCCUGGAGGACGAUACACGUAGCUUGGCUGCGGAGGACGAGGGGGGCCCGGAGCUGGAGUCUGACUAUGGCACGGCCCCCAGGAGGCGGCCUGAUUGUGGGCGGGGCCUUCGUGCCAGGGCCUACGAGGAUGUGGCGGAUGAAGGUGGCGAACUGAUGGAGGAGCGGCCCCCUUUCCCAGCCGUGACAGCACCCCUGGCCCAGCCAGAGAGGGGCAGCCUGGGCAGCCUAGACCGCAUGGUACGGCGCUCGCCUUCGGUUGACAGUGCCCGCAAGGAGCCGCGAUGGCGGGAUCCUGAGCUGCCCGAGGUCCUUGCCAUGCUGCGGCACCCUGUGGACCCCGUAAAGGCCAAUGCAGCUGCCUACUUGCAGCACCUGUGCUUUGAAAACGAGGGCAUCAAGCGGCGUGUGCGGCAGCUGCGGGGGCUGCCGUUGCUCGUGGCCCUCCUGGACCACCCGCGGGCCGAGGUGCGGCGCCGGGCGUGCGGGGCACUGCGGAACCUUUCCUUCGGCCGGGACACGGACAACAAAGCGGCCAUCCGGGACUGCGGGGGUGUUCCUGCCCUGGUGCGCCUGCUGCGGGCCGCCCGGGACAGCGAGGUUCGGGAGCUUGUCACAGGCACCCUCUGGAACCUAUCAUCCUAUGAACCCCUGAAGAUGGUCAUCAUUGAUCAUGGCCUGCAGACUUUGACCCAUGAGGUCAUCGUGCCCCACUCGGGCUGGGAGCGCGAGCCCAACGAGGACUCGAAGCCGCGGGAUGCUGAGUGGACUACUGUCUUUAAGAACACAUCCGGCUGCUUGAGGAAUGUGAGCUCUGAUGGUGCAGAGGCCCGGCGGCGACUCCGGGAGUGCGAAGGCUUGGUGGAUGCGCUGCUGCAUGCCCUGCAGUCUGCUGUGGGCAGGAAGGACACGGACAAUAAGUCGGUGGAGAAUUGCGUGUGCAUCAUGCGGAACCUGUCCUACCACGUGCACAAGGAGGUGCCGGGGGCUGACAGGUACCAGGAGUCGGAACCCGGGCCCCCAGGGGGCACUGUGGGCUCCCAUCGCCGGAGGCGGGAAGAUGCUGGCUGCUUUGGUGGCAAGAAGGUCAAAGAGGAGUGGUUCCACCAAGGAAAGAAGGAUGGUGAGAUGGACCGGAACUUCGACACGUUGGAUUUGCCCAAGCGAACCGAGGCCGCCAAAGGCUUUGAGCUGCUGUACCAGCCUGAGGUGGUACGUCUCUACCUCUCUCUCCUCACCGAGAGCCGAAACUUCAACACUUUGGAGGCUGCGGCGGGAGCCCUACAGAACCUCAGUGCUGGCAACUGGAUGUGGGCCACGUACAUUCGCGCCACUGUGCGCAAAGAGCGUGGCCUACCUGUGCUGGUGGAAUUGCUGCAGUCAGAAACUGACAAGGUGGUCCGCGCCGUGGCCAUCGCCCUGCGCAACCUCUCCCUGGACCGUCGCAAUAAAGACCUCAUUGGAAGCUACGCAAUGACAGAGCUGGUACGAAAUGUGCGGAAUGCACAAGCCCCAGCACGGCCCGGGGUCCGCCUUGAGGAGGACACGGUCGUCGCGGUGCUGAAUACCAUCCAUGAGAUUGUGUCAGACAGCCUGGACAACGCGCGCUCGCUCCUGCAGGCCCGUGGUGUCCCUGCGCUAGUGGCCCUGGGUGGUGCCAGUCAAUCUGUGCGGGAGGCCAAGGCCGCAUCCCACGUGUUGCAAACUGUGUGGAGUUACAAGGAGCUUCGAGGUGCCCUGCAAAGGGACGGCUGGACCAAGGCACGCUUCCAGUCCACUGCUGCUAACAACAAGGGACCCAAGGGAAUGUCGAGUCCAGGAGGUUUUGAUGAUAGCACGCUGCCUCUGGUGGACAAGAGCCUUGAUGGUGAGAAGCCUGGGAGCCGGGACGCCAUCCCCAUGGAGGCCCUUGGCCCUGACGGUUAUUCCACAGUGGACCGGCGGGAGCGGAAAGCCCGAGGCAAUGAACUUGUGGGGGCAGCUUCUGAGAAGGAGCCCCUGAAACUGGAGCCCAGCAGGAAGGCCCCUCCUCCUGGGCCCAACAGGCCCUCGGUCCGGCUGGUGGACGCCGUGGGGGACGCCAAGCCUCAUCCUGUUGACUCCUGGGUCUAGCUUGCACGCCUGGGCCCAGGCUCAGCCAGCUGUUCUUAGGGACCCAACUCCCGGGAAGGAAACUCCAGCCCUGCCUGCAGACCCUGCCAUGGUGCUCGGAGCCCCCAAGAGGCAGGGGUUGGCAGUGUCUCGCGGAUCCAGGCUGACUUUCUGAACCAGCCUCCUUCCUCCCUUCCUUGCCCUUCUCCCCUGCCGUCCCCAGGCUGUGCUGCCCUUGGAUUUGGUGCUGGGAGCUAGUGAGAGGGAGGAGAUGGGUGGGUGGGGCCCGGGGAAGCCACUGGAGAGAAUUUGUGACUGGCUUUGGGGCCUGUGGGAGAACUGGUGGCAGGCAGCCAGGCAGGGCAGGGAAUUGCUGCUCAGGACCUCAAGUCCUACCCUGAUGACAGAGACCAGGGGUGUAGUGCUGUUCCAGGGGGCCAGCCUGGACAUGGGAGUCAGGUUGUGCUUGGGUUCCCCCCACUCUGGGAUGCGUGGAGCUCCAUCAGUGGGGGCUCCCCUGAAAGACUGCCCAGGGCUGCUGCGGCCUAGUUACCCCUCUGGGGGUAUGGUGGCAGCAGUGGGGAGACUGCUGUUCAGUGCCUGCUGUUUAAGACUUAGAAACAGAAGAAAAACACUGACAAAAAGCAUUAAAGACAAAACCAAAAGACAACUGUAUUGGUAAACAUCUCAAUUUUUGUAAGAAAACUUAAAAAUUAAAAAAACAACAAAGGAA